AUGAGGCACCACCUGACCCAGCUGCUGGCGGCCUCGAGCGGCGGCGCGUCCCCGCCCGGGAGCGACAGCCCGGCGCCGGCGGCCGCGACCGGCUCGGACCAGCCCCGGGCGGCCGAGGCUCCGGAGGAAACGGCGGCGGCGGCGGCCGAGGCGGCGGCCGCGUCUCCCGGCAGCCCGCGCGGCGACGAGGCCGAGCCGGAGGCCGAGCGCGAGGGCCGCGCCCGCUCGCCGGGCGCGAUGGCGGAGGAGGGCCGCGGCCCCGAGGACGAGACGCCGGAGGACAUGGACUUUCUGUCGGGCCUGGAGCUGGCCGACCUGCUGGACCCGCGCCACCUGGAGGCCGGGCUGAGCUCGCCGGGGCCGCCGUCGUCGUCGGGCGCGGGCUCGGACAGCGGCGGGCUGUGGCGCGGCGACGACGACGACGAGGCGGCGGCCGCCGAGAUGCAGCGCUUCUCCGACCUGCUGCAGCGGCUGCUGAGCGGCAUGGGCGGCGCGGGCGUCGGCGGCGGCGACGGGGGCGGCGAGAAGCGGCGGCGCAAGGGCGGCAACGGCAACGGCGGCGGCGGCGGCGGCGGCGAGGGCGGCCUGGCGGGCAGCAAGAGCCCCCGCAAGGCGGCGGCGGCGGCGGCGCGCCUGAACCGGCUCAAGAAGAAGGAGUACGUGCUGGGGCUGGAGAGCCGCGUGCGCGGGCUGGCGGCCGAGAACCAGGAGCUGCGCGCCGAGAACCGCGAGCUGGGCCGGCGCGUGCAGGCGCUGCAGGAGGAGAGCCGCUACCUGCGCGCCGUGCUGGCCAACGAGAGCGGCCUGGCGCGCCUGCUGGGCCGGCUGAGCGGCGUGGGGCUGCGGCUCGGCACCUCGCUGCUGCGGGACGCGCCGGCCGGCGACCACGACUACGCGCUGCCCGUGGGCAAGCCGCGGCCCGACGCCUGGCCGCCCGAGGACGACGCCGCCGCGGCGGCGGGAGGCGUGUGCCUGCAUGUGGACAAGGACAAGGUGUCGGUGGAGUUCUGCGCCGCGUGCGCCCGGAAGGCGGCGGCGUCGGCGUCGGCGCUCAAAAUGUAG